AUGUCGUCCACAGCCACGGCCAGUCCUGGAACUGAUACGAGAGCCAGCUCAGUCGCUUCAAGUAACAGCAAGAGAAGCACAGAGAGCACCGAAAGCUCAGGUGAAAAACGCCCAAAGAGAUUGAGAAUCGAAGCACCUCCCCUGCAUGAAUUUACUAAGGAGUAUGGAAUUCCCAUGAACCAAUUUGCCUGGGGCGCUCGUCCAGAAAGUUCCGACGAGGAAUCGUUUGAUGAAGAUGAAACGAACAUUCCUCCCUCUAUCCCGAGGUAUUUUCGCAAGUAUCCAAAGCCAAAAGGAAAGACUAGACGUCCCGUCAAUUAUGCUCAUCGUGCCAUCCUCCGCAAUUAUGCCACCAUGAGCCCUCAACCUGCUCCCGCUCCCGCUCCCCAGCUUCGACCUCAAGCACCAAGCGAAAGAAGCCUGCUGGACUUCCCUGUCGAAAUCCGAGAGGAGAUUUAUCGUGGUCUUCUCGUUUCCCACAAACCCGUUCCCGUCUACGACGGCUGGAAGAGGGUCUACGCGCGAGAGAAGCCCUGUCUGGACAUCAAUAUCCUUAUGGUGUGUAAAAAGAUCUUCAACGAAGCCAUUGGCGUGCUCUAUGGCGAGAACACCUUUCUCUAUCGCCUUCGCGAUAUGCCAACGCAGUCCCACGUUAUGGUCAACAUCCAAGAGCUGGCCCAAAGCAACGCUUAUGUUCCGGAGCGAGGUCACAGAGAGACCUACGCCGACAUGUUUGAUGACGACGAAGUAGAGGCGGUCCAUGAACCUGGGACUAUCAACGUCAAGAAGUACGCCUGUCUGUUCCGCUACAUUACCUUACAGGCCGAUCACAACCGAUCUCAAUACUAUACUCAGGAAUUCAUGGCCGAUGCCAUCAAUAUGUUUGUCCAGGCACCUAGCAUGACAAACAUCCACACCCUGACCAUCAUCAUCAGCCCCCGUUACACCCGCGGCAGCUUUACCUUCGUCGACUGGUUUAAUUCAAAGUCAGAACUUGUGAGUGCGCUCAAGGCAGUGUGUUGCGAGAUUAUUCGUAUCAAGAUCUGGAACAAACACCUCAAUGAUGGUAUCGAUCCACUCUCAACCGAACUGUUCCUGCGCGCCCACCACCUACGGUUCUUCAGACAACUCAAGAAGAAAAGACUUCAAGACGGAAAACCAGACAUCUGGGCCGGGGAUUGGAAAAUGGAAAGGCUUCGUCUCAAGCGAUGCCGCGAGGUCAUCAGCAGCUUGGACAAGCUUCGAUCUUGCGUACUCGAAGCUUGCAAGAAACACCUUGAACCAGAUGUUAAGCGACGAGGCGAUCUCGGGGACGCAGAUGAGGAUGAGGAUGAAGACGAAGAGAACUGGUUUGCCAUUUUCCCAGACGAAGUGACGAACAGUGAGGCCGAAGAGGAAACGGACGAGGAUUUGGACGACGAGUUUGUAGACGAUAAUGACUCGGAUGGCUCGGCUUGA